AUGCCCUCGUUCAAGGAAUACUCGCUAACCUUGGCAGAGCCCCUGCUGUUAAUGUCGAUGAUCUUGGCCUACACGCUGCUCUCCCAGCCACUACUGCUCCUCAAGGCCCCUUCUUCCUUUCGCUCGAAAUGGUUCGAGAGAAUGUAUGUCUAUCUUGGACCACAGCUGGCCUCCUCGCCACUACAAAUCGACUAUAUUGAGUCCGUGAUGUCGCAGGCACAUGGCCUUGUUCUGGAACUAGGUCCUGGUAACGGCGAUCAGACGUUCCACUUAAAAGCGAAUAAGAUUGAAAAAGUCUAUGGAGCGGAACCCAAUGAGCAUUUUCACGCAAGCCUAGUGGCGAAGGCUAAAGAGAUAGGACUCGGUGACAAGUACCUGCCAAUGAAAGCUGGUGCUGAGCCUCAGAGUCUCCUGCCAGCUCUGCAAGAUGCAGGGCUGCUACCUGGAACCAUGACUCGACUGCCGGAAGAAGGCGUCUUCGACUCGAUCGUGACGAUCAAGUCCAUGUGUUCGGUGCCACAAGCCCAAUUGCCGGAGACGAUGGAGGUGAUAAGAGCGCUGUUGAAGCCAGGUGGACAGUUUUUGUUCUUCGAGCACCUGCAGAGUGACGCCAGCUUCAUCACUCAGUGCUAUGUGUGGAUAUUCAACCUAUUUCUGUGGCCGGCUCUAAUUGGUGGUUGUCGAUUGGAUGGCAAGUUGGACAAGGUGAUUGCGGGAAUGAGUGGUUGGAAAACAAGGAACAUGGAGAAUAUUCGUGAAUAUCAAGGUCACGAAGUCUUCCGGUACAUGCAAGGCGUGUGUACCAAGGCAUGA